AUGAGUACUUCUAACAGUCACAGCCAGCCAGGAAAGAGUAGCGAUAGCAAUCAUAAUAAUGCCUGUAAGAACAAGUCUCUGCUGGAGAUUAUAUUCGGGACCAAUGUAUCGGAAUGGGAAUUUUCUGAGAACGCAUUGAUGAAGGCUAUGGAUUUAAAAAUAGAACAGGAAAAGACCAAGCAGCAAUACUAUAAACUUGAAAACUUGAACCGUUCCAUAGAGUUGUUCAAACUAGCUUCCACCUCGGGUCUUCCCAUAAGCCAAAUACAUAAACUGUUCAACACUGACCAUGGCACUGCACCACCUUCACCCAUGAAAUCGGAGGGCAAUCAGCUACAUAACAAUACAGCAAGUGCACGAACCUCGGAAUAUCUCCCCAAAACAAAUGUCUCUCUUAAAUCCCUAAAGCCCCUAAACACGAAUACCGUUUCACCAACACCAAUGAGUCGGCAGCCUUCCCCUUACAAGUUUCCACCACCGCCCUCUGCCAACGGCUUGCCACUCCCCACUACUACAAACGCUCAAAGAAGAGCCAAUUCUCCCGCCAGAAUAGGUGCAUCCGCAGUGGCUGCUUUGACUGAGAACAUUUCCAUAAAGGAGGAAGAUGUCGCCACACGUAUCCCUCUAGGUACAAGGCCACAAGAAUCUCCGUUGAACAAGAAGCCUGCCUCACUUCAUAGUCGCAAUCUCUCGCUUCCAAUAGGCAAAUUUACCAACCCUAAUAUCCCUUCAGCAAUGACAUCUAUACUAAGUUUCAAUAGAGACCAGCAGCAACCGCACUCCCAAACAUCCCCACAACAGCAGCAGCAGCAACCACAACAACAACCACAAGACCCUCAGGCAAGCAGUUCUCACCCUCUACUAAGGAAACCCGGAAUGGUUCAGAAAAAACACAGGCGUGCAAGAUCCACGUCCUCGUUCGGAGUAAUCGAUUUGAGCAUCAUUGAUGAGGCCAAGGAAAAACAUCUACAAAGGUCGCCAUCCCCCAUACGCUUCAACACAUCGGUGACAUUGACCCCACAGGCCCAGCCAACCGAAGCUCGUGCGAAGGAACGACCAACUCUACCGCAACCACCACGUGAGGCACGCGAACUGCGCGAUGACUUGGAUGACAGAACGUGUAGUGAAAGCAGUAGCAGGAACGAAAGCCCCGUCAGAACCAUCACAAAGGACAACUCUGUAGGCAAGAUCUUGAAUAGCACUUAA